UCUUUGGCCAGCGUGCCAAGCCCUCAUUGCUUCAUAAACACAGUUAGUUAAUGUGAAUCGCCUGUGCGGCGGCCACACCACUGACCCCCAAUGCGCUCUUUGUCUGCUCUGCUGCGGCUCCGAGGGACAGGCGCCGACUGUGGAGCUCGCUGAGCUGCGGCGUGAAGCUGCUGCUCCGGCAGGUCACAGCCCUGAGCUCCGCCAGGCCCCGCACACUGCUGCUGUCUGCCCGACGCCACAGGUGCGAACACCCGGCUCACCCGCGGGGGUGCGGUCAGAGCCGGGCCGUGAAGCCAUGGCGGAAGGCGGAAGUGUGGAAGAAGUAAAGACACUCAUGGCGGAAGGUGUGAGCCAGACCCCCAGCUGCCCCAGAGAGAACCCCCCUACGCAGGAACCGAGGAAGAGCAGCUCUUCACGUAAAAGCUUCCGGCUGAACUACCGGCACGAGGAAGAAGUGACCCCGUCGAGGCGGGACUCCAGCGGGCGCUUCGUGAACCCCUGGCCCACGUGGCAGUUCCCCUCUUACACCACUGUCCUGCGGCUCUUCCUCAUGGAGAAGAACCACAGCAACGUUCCCAGCUCGAAAGAGGUGUUGGAUAAGGAACUGCCAGUGCUGGAGCCGUAUUUCAUCCACAACCCGGAGCAAUGUGGGCAAGUGGGCUCGUCCCUGCGGGUGACGUGGCUGGGCCAUGCCACCGUGCUGCUGGAGAUGGACGGGCUGGUGGUGCUCACGGACCCCAUGUUCAGCCAGAGGGCCUCCCCCAUGCCAUUCCUUGGCCCCAAACGGUACCGGGGUCCGGCCUGUACCGUGGCGCAGCUGCCCCGUGUGGACGCCGUCCUCAUCAGCCACACGCACUACGACCACCUGGAUGCGAGUUCGGUGGCGGCACUGAACUCGCGGUUCGGCGCGGAGCUGCGCUGGUUCGUUCCUCUUGGGCUGCUGGACUGGAUGAGGAAGAACGGCUGCGAGAACGUCAUCGAGCUGGACUGGUGGGAGGAGAACUGCGUCCCCGGCCACGAUGACCUAACGUUCGUGUGCACGCCUGCGCAGCACUGGUGCAAGCGCACACCUACAGACGAUAACAGGGCACUGUGGGGCAGCUGGACCGUGCUGGGUCCCAACAAUCGGUUCUUCUUCGCAGGUGACACAGGGUACUGCUCGGUGUUUGAGGAGAUUGGGAAGCGUUUCGGGCCGUUUGACCUGGCUGCCAUCCCUAUCGGUGCAUACCUGCCCAGAGGCAUUAUGAAGUCACAGCAUGUAGACCCAGAGGAGGCUGUUCAAAUCCACAUUGAUGUUCAGGCCAAAAACUCGCUCGCUAUUCACUGGGGGACAUUCGCCCUGGCCUAUGAGUAUUAUCUAGAACCUCCAGUGAGAGUGCGCGAUGCCAUGGUGGCCCACGGACUGAACCCUGAUCACUUUUUCACUCUCAGCCACGGAGAGUCUCGGCUGGUCACCCAGGAUGAAGCCGUCCACUGAGGGAAAAGACAUGCUUCUUUCUAAAGUACUGCAGGGAGGAGAAUCACACUCUGCAAUCUCUUCUGGGUUUCAAACGCUAGAGGGCGCUCCUGAGCGAGUCCAAAAUGAAUGGGUUGAUAUGGAGCAUCUGAGCAAAAUCAUAGUUUAUAAACGCUGAAACGUUUUUAAUGUAAAGAAUUCCUUCAUU